AACGCCGCAAUCAACGCCUCAAUGUAGAUUACUAUAAGUAUCCCAGCUGGAUAUACUCAAAUCGGUCUCUAUCACUCGAUCACCAAUAAACUCAACGUUACCUUCUUCAUUUUACACUCUCAUCAUGUCUACCAAGACGAUCGCAGUCGUCGGCGCUACAGGCACCCAAGGAGGCUCAGUCGCCAGAACAUUUUUAUCCCUUCCAAACUGGCACGUCAAAGCCCUUACUCGCAACUCUAACUCGCCCAAAGCCCAAGCUCUUCAAAGCCUUGGAGCCGAGGUCGUCGAAGCAGACAUGAACGACCCCGAGUCUCUCAUCAAAGCCUUCAAUGGUGCCCACGCCAUCUUUGUCAACACUGACUUCUGGGCUCCUUACAUGACCGCUCUCAGUCAAGGCAAAGACCAAGCUACGGCUCAACAAAUCGGUUAUGACACUGAGGAGCGACAUGUGAAGAAUGCUACUUAUGCUGCUUCCAAGACAUCUACCCUUGACAAGUAUAUCUACUCCGCUCUUGGUCCUAUGAAGGAUGUUUCGAAGGGAAAGUAUUCUCAUUGUCAUCACUGGGAGACCAAGGCUGCGGCUGUCAAGUAUAUUGAGAAUGAAAUACCUGAACUCGCCAAGAAGACGUCGUAUGUCUACAUGGCUGCCUACGCUACAAACCCCUUCUUGUACCCCAAGAAGGAUAAUGAGACUGGCGAGUAUAUCCUCGCAGUCCCAGCUUCCAAGAACUUGAGGCUUCCUAUCAUCGACAUCGAGGGUUCAGCUGGAUCAUUCGUCCGAGCCCUCGUCGAGGAUGAACCCGCUGGAACAAAGCUACUCGCCUACGACAGUGAUCUGAACAUUCUUGAGAUUAUGGAUACCUGGAGCAGAGUCACCGGACAGAAGGCUGUCUUGCAGUCAAUGACCGAGGAGGAAAUGCAUAAGAAGACAGGCCUGCCUUAUGAAGUCCUCGACGGACCAGCCUACCUUGAUGAGCAUGGAUAUAUGGAGGGAGUCGAAGGGGCUAUUACACCGGAGCAGUUGAAGAAGCCUGUCAAGACGGAUAGCUUCGAGGAGUACCUUCGCAAGCAGGACCCAGAGGCUUUGCUGUCAUUUGGAUACAGACUCCCCGAGCCUCCGGCGGCGAAGUAA